AUGGGUGUUUUCUUGGAUAGCAAGGGGGAUGGUAAGCAAGAGUUGGCGGAUGACUUCAAGGAUUGUAUUGACAAUAGCUUCACGCCGGCAGAGUUUGAGCAGAAGUGGCAGGCUUUUCUGGAUAAAUAUGAGCUCAACAAUGAUGAGAGGUUCCAACAUUUGUAUGACAUGAGACAUUGUUGGAUCCCUGCGUAUUUCAUGCAUUUUUUCUUCCCCUUCCUUCAAACAACAGCACGGAGUGAAGGCUUCAAUGUUGUCCUGAAGCGCUAUGUCAACCCAAAGAACUCGAUACUCAACUUUGUGCAGCAAUAUAAGAAGAUACAACAAAUGAUUUUCAGCAAGCAAGAUUUGCAAGAGGCGGCCACAGCCACGAAGGUCCCACGCUACCUGACGGGGCACCCUAUGGAGCAUCAGAUGAAGAAAGCGUAUACAAGGAGGUUGUUCAAUGUGUUUCAACACGAGCUGCAGCUAAGUUCGAGCUACUAUGUUGUUCGUGUUGAAGGGGAUGACUUGAUAGAUAUUGUUCCGUACAGGCGUUGCCCCGAUUUGUUGUAUGGGACACGGACAUUCAGGGUCACGUCGUCCAGGGUGGAGGGCUUGUAUAGCUGCACUUGUUGCAAGUUUGAGAGAGAUGAAGUGCUUUGCUGUCACAUAUUGAAGGUUUUUGACGCCCUUGCAGUCCACGAGGUGCCUGAUCGGUACAUUCUCCCUCGAUGGUCAGUUGAGCCAGUGGUUGAUAGUGGGGUGGAAGUUGCCGCUAACGUGCCUCUUCAAGAAGCCCAGAUUACAGACCACAGGAAGCAUGUUAUACGUUACAGCAGGAUGUGCACAAACUUUAAUAAGAUUGUGAGACCUUUUAUGGCUGAUGACGAGGGGUAUGGCAUAGUAUCAAAACAAGCUCGCAUGUUGCUGGUGAUUGGGGAACCACCAAUAACAAAGAAGCAAGGGCUUCCAAGGUCAAAGAGAUACAAGACGGGGUUGGGGUUGCUUCUCCCAAAAAACCCACCAUGUGGCUAUUGUGGUUCAACAGAACAUACCACAUCAACUUGCCCCGCCAAGUCGGCAAGAAAGCAAACAAAAGAACUCUCGGAUAAAUCACUAAAUGAGGUUGCUGCUGCGUGA